AUGUCUCUCUCCAGCAAGCUCUCCAUCACUGACGUCGACGUCAAGGGCAAGCGCGUGCUUAUCCGCGUCGACUUCAAUGUGCCUCUCGACGAGAACAAGAAGAUCACCAACAACCAGCGCAUUGUCGGAGCUCUUCCCACCAUCAAGUACGCUGUCGACAAUGGCGCCAAGGCCGUAGUCCUCAUGUCCCACCUCGGCCGCCCCAACGGUGCCGUCAACGAAAAGUACUCGCUCAAGCCUGUCGUGCCCGAGCUCGAGAAGCUCCUCGGCAAGAGCGUGACCUUUGCCCCCGACUGUGUCGGAAGCGAGGUCGAGCAGAUUGUCAACAAGGCCGAGGGCGGCCAGGUUGUCCUGCUCGAGAACCUGCGCUUCCACAUUGAGGAGGAGGGCAGCGCCAAGGACAAGGACGGCAACAAGACCAAGGCGGACAAGGCCAAGGUCGAAGAGUUCCGCAAGGGCCUCACUGCUCUGGGUGAUGUCUACGUCAACGAUGCCUUUGGCACCGCCCACCGUGCUCACUCGUCCAUGGUCGGCGUUGACCUGCCCCAGAAGGCCGCUGGUUUCCUCAUGAAGAAGGAGCUGGACUACUUUGCCCAGGCUCUCGAGGCCCCUCAGCGUCCUUUCCUUGCCAUCCUCGGCGGCGCCAAGGUGUCGGACAAGAUCCAGCUGAUUGACAACUUGCUAGACAAGGUCAACACGCUCAUCAUCUGCGGUGGCAUGGCCUUUACCAUCAAGAAGACUCUCUAUGACGUGGCCAUUGGCGACUCGCUCUUUGACGAGGCCGGCUCCAAGCUUGUGGAGGGGCUGAGGAACAAGGCUCAGGAGAAGGGUGUCAAGAUUGUCCUGCCUUCGGACUACAUCACGGCGGACAAGUUCGCCAAGGACGCCAAGGUUGGCAAAGCCUCUGACAAGGAGGGCAUCCCCGACGGCUGGAUGGGUCUGGACUGCGGCGAGGAGUCCAUCAAGUCGUUCAAGGAGGUCAUUGGCGAGGCCAAGACCAUUCUCUGGAACGGUCCUGCCGGCGUCUUUGAGUUUGACAACUUUGCCAACGGCACCAAGGCCAUGCUCGACGCUGUCGUCGACGGUGCCCAGAACCAGGGCAAGAUUGUCAUCAUCGGUGGCGGUGACACCGCUACUGUGGCCGCCAAGUAUGGCGUCGAGGACAAGCUGAGCCACGUUUCCACCGGCGGCGGUGCCUCGCUAGAGCUGCUCGAGGGCAAGGAGCUGCCUGGCGUCACGGCUCUGUCGAGUAAGUAG